AUGAACGUCUCAACUGUUCGUGCGAACCUUAAAUCGAGAGGCUUCUAUUACGAUGACGAAGAUGCAUUAGCAAGAGGUGGACAAGCAAUUAAAGACAAGGCACGUGAGAUUAUUACAUCGCAGAGGAAUUCACCAACGUCAAAUGACAACGCACCAUUGCUGAAGGCAGCCAUUCGCAAAUACUGUGGCUCUACGGAAAGAACGCUUGUGUUCAAUGUCUGGUGCAUCCUACGACAGCAAAAGCUCCGUGACAUUACUGAGAAGCCGCUUUCGCCACAGGGAGAAGACAAUGCAUUGGCAUGGGUGAAACGAGCCUGGAGCAUGGAUUUCCUUGACUGCGUCUUCGAAGCCGACCUUAACAAAGAUAUGAUACCCGACACUUCACAUACGGGCAGCAAAACCACGGACAUCAUGUUUAAAGAUCUACCUCGCAUAGAACAACCCCGCCCUGAUGUCACGUACGGCUUGUGGAAAGCAGACAUCGAUUCACCCUGUCGUGGUAUCCUCGACACCUACCACUGUGAGCUUGCGAAGGAUGUCGAGUUGCCCUGGUUUCUAGUGGAAGUCAAAACGCUGAACGCGGUGGUCGGAGAAGCGGAGAAUCAAUGUAUCCGUGGGGGUGCAGUGCUAGUCAACGGGCAUCAUCAGUGGAACCGAGUCGCGGACGGCGUAAAGCAUUCCCUGGAUCUGAGCAAGAAGGAGAAGGAAGAGGAGCACGAUAGGCUCAUCGCGAAAAGGGAGAAAGCCGGGACUGCUUACGAUAAACUACAAAGUACCGCGGAUUCCGCAACGCUUGCCUUCUCUCUCGCCUUUUCCCCAUCAACCGCAACGAUGCAUGUGCACUGGCGGGAGGAAUGGGAGAACGGGGUGGAGCACUGGCACGCCCACACGAUACAGACCUAUGCGAUGCGGACUGAGCAUAGGGAUUACGAACAGCUCGGCAUGCAUAUGGCGAACAUCAUGGAUUGGGGGUGCAGGACGCGUCGGAUGGAGAUUGAAAAGCAGGCAAAGGUCAUUGCAAAGCGCAAGUACCCGGGUAUUGACGAGAAUGAGGUCUGCUUCGCGCCCAAUAAGCGGCAGAAAUCGGGCUAA